AUUUGCCGGGGAAUUCUGUACUGCAUACAGUACACUACACUGUAGUAUUCUGCAAAGCAAUGUUUACAAAGUGCUGACGAAGACACAGUACGUUUUCACAGCAACGCAGGUUGUAGUAUGUAUUUAACCCAGUAGAUACCAUGGGCGGGGUAUAUGACAGGGAUGCUGAAGCUGCCUUGGGGUCAGUAGGCGUUGCACUACGGACGAGACUCACCGAGACGCACUUCUGAAUUUGCACAACUAAGACCACGUGAAGGUACUUGUGCAAUGGCCUUGCUGCCUCAAGACGACGAGAUGGCGACAGUUGAGGAAGUUUUUGCGUUCAUCGACUCGUUCCAGUGGGAUGACGAACGGCCCGACCAGGUGAAAACCGCUGACCCACCUUUAGACUCCUCAUUUGAGCCUCCAAAUCCAAAAGACCGAGGGAUGCCUAUGCCGCUUAAAUCGGUUGACAGUGACCCAAAACCAAAACCCAAGCGCAAAAGAAUCCGAACUGGUUGGAGCUCGUCAACCGGACUUCAACGACGCAAGCGCGCAGAACUCGAGUUCCUUAGAGCACACGUCAAGGAACUUGAAGCCUACGUGGAGCAACUAAAGCGGGGUGACUCCAGGUCCAAGGUGACUUCAGUCAAAAAGGAUCACCUUUCUGUCGACUGGCGAGAGGUGGCAUUGGAGGAGUUUGACGAACGGAAGAAGUCCGAGGAGACCAACCGGGUCCUCAAAUCAAUCCUAAAACAACUGGAACUAGUAGGUCAGAACCUGAGUUACUAA